AUGUCACUAGGAGAUCUAUCUGCCAGCAAUACUGAAGACAUCUGUAAUCUUUUUGCUCAGCAAUUCUCUAGCGUAUUCGUCAGCAGUAGUACUUCAGCCCUUGACGUCCAGGAAGCUCUAAAGUUCGUUCCUGCAAACGUGUGCGAUAUAAACAUAGCUAGUUUCACGCAAAAUGAAGUUGAAGCUGCCUUGAAGCAGUUGAAAUCAUCGGUGUCUCCCGGGCCGGAUGGAAUACCGUCGAUUAUACUGAAAAAUUGUGCAUCUACUCUUUCGAAACCUCUACAGUUUAUUGUUAACCAAUCGCUUCUUCAGGAAACAUUUCCAAGCCGAAUAACUCCCUUCCAAAGAAGGAAGCCCCCUUUCUCUCUUGACAAAGACGACGACGACGAUGAUGACGACGACGACGGCAGCGACGACGGUGACGAUGACGGCAACGAUAAUGACGGCAACUACGACGACAGUGACGAUGACGACGACAGCGACGAUGACGGCGACUGCGUCAGCGAUGGUUACGACGACAACAACGAGGACAACAAUGACGAUGACGACCGCUGCGACAGCGACGAUGACCGUGACAGUGACAGUGACAUUGAUGACGACAGCGGCGAUGACGACAACCACCAUGAUAACGGCAUCAACCAUAAUGACGACAGCGACCAUGGCGACGACGAUGACGACGACUGCGACAGCAACGAUGACAACGAUGACUCUCUGUACAGCAACCAUAACGACGACAGCGAUCAUGACGACGACAGCGACGAUGACGACGAUGGCUAUGACGAUGACGGCAAUGACAGCGAUGGUGACGAUGACUGCAACGGCGGUGACAGCGACGAUGAUGACGACGACAACAGUGACAACGGCAACAGCGACGAUGACGACAACGACAACGACGAUGACAACGACAAUGACGACGACGAGGACAGUGACAGCGAUGAUGACGACGAAUAUGACAGUGACGAUGAGAACAGUGACAUUGCCACCGAUAGCGUUGAUGACGACGACGAUAGCGAGAUGAUGAUGACGGCGACAGCGACGAUGACGACGACUGUGACAGCGACGAUGACGACAGUGACAAUGACGACGACUGCGACGAUGACGACGACAGCGAUGAUGACAAAAACAGCGACGAUAACGACGACGGUGACGGCAAAAACGACGAAAACGACUAUGACGACUUUCGAUUUUUUCGCACAAUAG